AUGUCUGCUGCAAGUGUUGCCCGCCGGCCGCGGACAACCACGGGCCAGAAUAUCGGCACAAGUCCCGUCAAGGAGACCGUCAAAUUCGUGUGUCUACUGGAACCGAAAGGCAUCCUCGAACCCCAAAAUUGGCGCGGCGCUUAUCAUGCCCUUCAGGGAGACUUGAACAAGAUUGAGGUCGAGUUUACCAAGAAGAAGCUGGAUGGAGAGCACCGGUCUGGACUGGUCACAUGGACAAUCGGGAGAAACUCAAGCUGUCUCCGGCAGACAUCGCCGUCCUCACGCCUUACCGCGCAAACUUUCGAUCCAUCAGGAAGCAGUUAA